GCUCACAAGCAGCAUUUUUUACGUCUGCUGUCUGAUUUUGUUAUUUUGGCAUUAAGGACCCCGUUAUAACGUCCCUUUCUUAUCACUGCCUGUAAAAGUCUGUAAUCUAUGCAAUAAUAAAUGUGAUAUUGUCUGGCCAAAGGCAGCACACAGUAAGGAUCAUGAAAAGAAGACUUAUGUUGGUAUCAAACUCCACACUGUAUGGUGGAGGAUAUCUGGAACACUGUCAGCAGCAGAUCCAAGACUUCUUUGGAAAGGAGGUAAAGAGGAUUCUGUUUGUCCCGUAUGCACUACAUGAUCGAGAUGCCUAUACCAAGACAGCCAGAAACAAGUUCAAAACAUUGGGCUAUGAAGUGGAAAGCGUCGAUGAGACAUCAGACCCUGUGGAGGCUGUCAGAAAAGCUGAAGGGAUAUUCAUUGGUGGAGGUAACACAUUUCGCCUGCUGAAAGCCCUCUAUGACAGCAAGCUUGUAACUGAGAUUAAAAAGAGAGUUUUACAGGAUGGAAUACCAUACAUGGGAUCUAGUGCAGGUACAAAUGUGUCCACCAUCAGCAUCAACACUACUAAUGACAUGCCCAUCGUCUAUCCACCCACAUUUGCUGCUAUUGGUUUAGUGCCCUUCAACAUUAAUCCUCACUAUUUGGAUCCUAAUGUCAACAGUAAACAUAUGGGGGAAACACGUGAGCAGAGAAUUAUCCAGUAUCACGAGGAACCGGAUACACCAUGUGUGCUGGGUCUCAGGGAAGGAUGUAUGCUCUUAGUAGAGGAUAACAAAGCCACACUGCUUGGGUGCACCAAAGCUCGACUAUUCCAGAGAGGGCAGCAAACCACAGAGUAUGAACCUGGCAGUGAUCUCAGCUUCCUACUGACUGAUGCACAAUGAGCUGCUACAUAAUAUACAAUACACACAAACUUCAUUUUUUACAAUAAAAAAUAAU